UCCCUCCCUCCCUCCCUCCGCCCGCCCUGCCGUGCGCCCUCCAUCCCGGGAGCCCCGCGGAGCCCCGCGAUGCUCGCCCGCCGCCUCCCCCUGCUCGUGCCCUGGCUGCUCCUGCAGAUGGUGUGUGCUGGGGGCCACAUCACCAAGACCUUGGGGUACCUGGAACUGGGCACCUCCAGCCUCCUCAAGGACGUCCCCUAUGGUCCCCUGAAAACCCCAGUACUCGACCCUGGGCGGCUGAUUCCGGCUGAGCCCCCGCAGGGCGCAGGGACACCCUCGGGCACUGUACGGAGCCCUUGGGACUGGCAGAAGAACCAGACUGCUGGGGAGCUGACGAGUUCACGUGCCCGGCGCAAGCCCUCGCUCAAGUCUGGCCGCACCAAGAAGAUCUUUGGCUGGGGAGACUUCUACUUCAACAUCAAGACACUGAAGUUCAGCCUGCUGGUGACGGGGAAGAUCGUCGACCACAUCAACGGGACCUUCAGCGUCUACUUUCGCCACAACUCCUCCAGCCUGGGCAACGUCUCGGUCAGCAUCGUGCCCCCCUCCAAGGCAGUGGGUUUCGAGGUGCUGCUGCCGGCGCCCCCACCGCUGCCCCAUCCUCCCCGCCAGCAGAGCACCCUGCCUGAGGGGCGCCCGGCCAAGGCCCUCAACUGCCACGUGGAGUACGAGAAGACCAACCGGGCACGGAAGAACAAGCCUUGCCUGUAUGACCCCUCCAAGGUGUGCUUCACCGAGCACACGCAGAGCCACGCCGCCUGGCUCUGCGCCAAGCCCUUCAAGGUCAUCUGCAUCUUCAUCUCCUUCCUCAGCAUUGACUACAAGCUGGUCCAGAAGGUCUGCCCCGACUACAACUUCCAGCACGACAACCCCUACUUCGGCUGACGGGCACGGGAAGGAGCGGCAGGCGACAGAGCUGGAGGCAGAUGGAGGGGCCGGGGCGGGGGCUCCUGCAUCCCAUCCCAGCUGCAUGGUGCCCCCAUCACCACCACACCGGCCCCACUCCUUCAUCACCGCAGCAUCUCCCCAGGGUGCAGGAGCAGGGCCAGGCGGCACAGGGCUUCCCAGCCCCAUCGCCCACUGCGCAGCCACGCUCCAAUCCCUGCGGUUGGGUGUGGGGUGCAGGCAUGGGGUCCAGACCCCUACUCCACCGGGGGAAGGGGGGGCUGGGCUGGGGCCCCCAGGAGCGUGUGGGUGAGUCAGGGGUACAGCCCCACGCGACGCUGGGUGCGUGGCACCUCCAGGGCGGGCACAGUUGCGGGGUGGGGUUGCUGCGUGCCAGUUAUGGUGCUGGGCAGAGCUCAGGCUCUGCGGCCGUGGGUGAUGUGUACGCACGUGCAUGUGAACACGUGUGUGCACGCCGGUCUGUGCAUGUCUGAGGGCACCAUCCAGGUAUUUUAGAGCCUCCCCUCCUCCAUCAGCCCCUCCCAAGCUGCCCCAUGGACACCCCCACGUACACACUGGGGAGGACCCUGCUUGGUUGGCCAUCCCUCACCCCAAUUUGCAGUCCCCUGCCCACCACCAUGCCGUGAAGAAGUGCCAUGCCAAGGGCAGGGACGUGGAGGUCCCCAUCCCUGAGCAGGCAGGGUCCUCCCUGGGGGCUGCCCUCACCCUGGCUCCGGGCAGGGGCUUCUUCAUAU